AUGGUUGAACAGAAGGAGAAGAAGAGGAAAACAGUUGGAGAAGUACCUGCUAAGCAGAAGCAACGAGGUCCAGGUAUUGUAAUUUCUGAACCUGACUAUGAUUUUGUUUUUAAUUCAAAGAAUGUAUCAGUAGAAGCUAACCCAGAAAUUCAACCAGAAAAAGCCCCUGCUAAACCACCUCCAACCACUAAAGUUCUCACCCCUUCUCCUUCACCCAAGUCUAAAGGCACUACGCCUAUUCUUGAUUAUGUACCCCUAGCUUCUGAACCUAUAUUUGAAGCCCCACCCCUUAACACCAUCAUUCCUCCUCACGCAAACAUAUCCAUUUCUCAACCUCCUCCACAUCUCAACUACACCCUUGUAAACAAUGCUGAGCUCUUCCCUUUCACACCUUCAUCUCCUGAACCAUCUAAUUCUGAUUCUUUCACCCGUCUCAUGAAACUAUAUCCCCGUAAACCUAAACCAACUCCUGAUGUUGUGGUUUUAGACUCAGAUCAUGAGGCUGAAUCCUCUCAACCACCCUCUCAAACACCCUCUUCUGAAACAGAAUUUGUUUUGGAUAGAGUUCCUCAAGCUUAUGCUCUAUCUUACCCAGAUAAGCAAAUCUCCUCUCUCCAUCUUCAAAUACCUAACCCUCCUCCCAGAACAUCACCGCCUAGACCUUCUGUUGAUACACUUUUUGAAUUAUUAACUCUUAAGGUUAGAAUAGGUUUAGAUGCUCUGAAGGUUGCACAUGAUGCCAAAUUGGAUCAUGUUGCUGCUGGCAAGAUCUGGAGAAUCGUUAGAAGGGAGAUUUAG